AACGUAACACAAAGCUACAGCCAGCUAGACCUAGUUCUGAGAAUUUGGCCCAGCUAGCUUGCUUCCUUAGUUAAAUAGAUAGCAAGUUGUCAAUUUAACUGGUACUUUCUACAUAUCAUGUCGCGUUUCUUUAAGGUAAAUCCUAUAGGGCGCAAGUUAGUUGAUCUAGCUGAAUACAGUAGGGCCACAAUACGUUUCAAGCUACAGCAGUUUAUUUGACACAGAUGUCUUCAGACGAAGGGGAGUCAAAUGCUCCCGUUCUGCCAAAGGAUUCUGAUCCGGGAAGUUCGGUUUCGUCUGGGCUGCAGAAUGAGUAUGAAGAGUUGCUCCGUUACGCUGUUGUGACUCCCAAGUUUGCGGCCGAUGCCCUGCGGCAGUCGCUGCGCGCCUCCCAGCUGUCAGCAGACGGCCGAACCUCUGCGUUAAUGGAUGACGUUCCCCCUCAGCGUUCCGCGGUGCCCGCGUCUGAACACAAGGAUAGGAGGUCAUUCAACGUGGAGCUGACGUCAGCCACUCACGUCACACCACCCAAAGCAGGCCCUGCAGGACCAGCCAGAGGUUCUGAAGCCGAACAGCCUGACUUGGAAUCAGAGCAAGCACAAACUCCGUUGGAGAGGUCCAACCCCAGCAGCUCGGACCCCAUGGUCACAGUGGUGACAGAGAUGUUCAUAACUGAAGAGAACAUCAGCAAGAUGGAGGAUCUGCUAGACACCUGGAGCAGUGAGCUGAAGGUGAGUGUGGUGACGGAGCUGAGGAAGUGGAAGCUGGCCGUCAUCGAGCAGCACCGGGCGGCCCUGAAGAGGGAGAGGCAGAAGCACGCCGCGCACCUGGCCCGGCUCAGCACGGAGAUGGACGGCCUGAAGGAGCUGCUGCACGUCUACGACACGUCCAACCAGAGGAAAGACGAGGUGAUCAGUAACCUUACACAGGCCUUGGAGAGACAGAAGGAGAGGCUGGAGCUGAUGAGGACCUUCUGUCAUUGGAGGAUGCACCACAACGAGGCCAGAGAGGAGUCGCGUCGCACCAGAGUGGCGGAGCAGCACUACCAGCUCCAGCUGAAGAGGAAGGUGUGGACGGCCUGGCAAUCUCUGAUGCACAGCCAGUGGAAGAGGAGGGUGGAAAGGGUGUGCCAGGGCCGGGCCGAGGAGGUCUGCUCGCAGCUGUCCACGGGCUACGAAUCCAAGAUGGCUGAGUACGCGGUGGCGCUGGAGCGGGCCCAAGCGGAGAUCCAGAGGCUGCAGCAUGAGAGGGAGCAUUACGAGGAGUCCAUGAAGAAGGCCUUCAUGCGCGGGGUCUGCGCCCUCAACAUGGAGGCCAUGAGCAUAUUCCACCCAGAGGGGAGGCUGGACCCCAAUGCCCCUCCCUCACAGGAUGAGCCCGGCUCCAGCGCCUCGGUCCACUUUCAGGUCCAGCCCACCUCCCCCAUACGUUUGGGUCCGAGCCGCACGGAGUCCGCCAGUCUGCCGUCCCCCACCCGCAGCGAUCCGGAACAGAUGUUGAUAUUCCAGUUUGGGCCUGGCUCAGCAGAAGCACUCCCCUCCAGAACUGUAAUCAGUGGUGUCGCGCCACCAGGAGGCACUGCGUCCACUCAUAGACCGCCCAGCGCACGCCUGGUGACGUUCGGCCAGCAGAGGGCCCCGAAGAUCGCCGCGCCUCGAGCCGCAGGGCAGCUGAGCAAGAGGGCCAAGAAGAGCCUGGUGUCAGACAACCUCCAGGUCAUGGGGGUGACCCCGCCCAUGAGCACGGUCGUGGUGGAGCGGCAUCAUCCUGUCACACAGCUCACUGUCAGUCAGGCGACAGCAGCAAAGUACCCCAGAUCAUCCCAGAACGGUUUGGGAUCAUCAAGUGCCAAGAAGUCUGCCCACCAGAGCCCCACACCACAUUCCUCUUGUUUUGUACAGUCCAUCAAGGUAGUGCAGUAAACUUCUGUACAUAGUAAUCCACCAGUCCACCUCACAUUCAGCCAUGCAUGCUGGUGGAGAAACAGUCAAUCUCAAGUUAGUGGAGCAAACGUCCACACACACAUUCAAAGUCACACACAUACGUGAGUACUGUAUGCAUGCAUGCACAUACAUGUUCAUCUACAUCUAAAAGUAAAACAUCUGUCCAUAGACAUCUGCACAUUAAUACAGCAGCACAUUUUAACACCUGCUGUGUCAAAAGGAAAGCUGAAUACAA